AUGCCAAGCAAACCUAGAAAGGCCAUUGGUGCAGUAAAAGAUCAAACUAGCCUAAGUCUCGCCAAGGUAACAAAUGCAGCAAAUCUUGAAGUCGUCAUCCUCAAAGCCACAACACAUGAUGAGAUUCCCAUUGAAGGACGUUAUGUUAAUGAAAUUGUGAGUCUCAUAUCAUCCAACAAAGUUUAUGCAGCUGUAUGUGCCCAAUCUAUUGGCAAACGUAUUGGGAAAACAAGAAAUUGGGUGGUCGCCUUGAAAUCUCUCAUGAUCAUUCUCAGAAUUUUCCAGGAUGGUGAUCCAUAUUUUCCUAGAGAAAUCUUGCAUGCAAUGAGACGAGGCUCAAGAAUCCUGAAUCUUUCAGGAUUUAGAGAUGAUUCAAGUUCUAGUCCAUGGGAAUUCACUGCUUUUGUUAGAUUAAUGGCUCUGUAUCUUGAUGAGCGCUUAGAUUGCUUCCUAACAGGGAAGCUUCAACAAAGAAUCACCUUCAAGAAUCAUCAAAACCCUUUCAAGAAUCACAAGAUGUUCAACGAUACUGCGGGAAUAAUCAAAGACAUGAAGCCAUCAAUGCUUCUUGACAAGAUUACUUUUUGCCAACGCUUGUUGGACAGAGCUAUGGGGACCAGACCAACUGGGGAAGCCAAAACAAAUCAUUUGGUUCAAAUCUCUCUAUACGCUGUCGUUCAGGAGACUUUUGAUCUCUAUAGGGAUAUCUCUAAUGGUCUUUCUGUUAUUCUAGAUAGCUUCUUCAAAUUACCAUACAAGGCAUGUGUCUCUGCAUUUCAAGCCUGCGUGAAAUCUUGCAAGCAGUUUGAUGAGUUAAGUGAUUUUUAUUCAUUUUGUUUAAGCAUUGGGGUUGGUAGGAGCAGUGAGUAUCCGAAAGUACAGAAAAUAUCAGAAGAACUCAUGGAGACUUUGCAAGAGUUCUUAAAGGACCAAGCAACAAGUAGCACUAACAUUAAUCUCAGUGAUCACAAUCAUCAUCGUGCUCAAUCUUCUUCUUCUUCUUCACAGUACUCACCCCUCUCAAAACACUUGUUUGUUUCUGCAUUAAGGGAAAGUUCAGGAGUUCAUUUUGAAGGGUAUGAGAGAUAUGGGACACCAGAGAGUUCCUUUAAGACAGCGUCUGAAAAUGCAUCAUCUCAUUGUACAUCUUUGGAGGAUUUAAUGAUUGCUACUGAUGCUGGGAUUUUGACACCAAGGAGAUUUGAGAUAGAUUAUGGUGAUGAUCAAGAAGAUGAGAAGCAAUCAGAUAAAAAUGAUGAUUCAUCUAGUGCUUAUGAGCCAUGUUCGAACCAUUCUUAUACUAAUGAUCAAGCAACGGGGUCAAGUUUAGACCUUGUCAGUCUUGAUGAUGUGCAAAACGAAGGAGACAAAGAAAAACAUGAAAAUAUUUUUGUAAGUAAUAAUAAUACUAAUGGUAAUGUGUCCCAAGAUUGCUGGGAGUUAGUUUUCGCAGAGACAGCAACUAGCACUACAACAGAGAAAGCACCAGCAGAUUAUAAUAAUGCCAUUGUUUCUUUGCUUAAUCAAUCUGAUUCAGUAGUGCCUCAUCAACAGUACAAUCCUUUUCUGGAAUUGGAUGAUACAACUGUUUCUCCUUUUACCAAUGCUAUAGAUCAAACACAGACAAGUUUAAUUGAUAUCUUUGAUGUGAAUCAAAAUCCUAGUGAUCAAACAGUAAUGGUACCAAACUUCACUGCUCAAAGUUCUAGUUUUGACGUGGAUUUGACAUCAACUUUGGGUGACUUGAAUUCAAACACUUCAUGUGCAAUGCCAACGAGCUCUAGUUUGGAAGAUCUUACGGAGAAUAGCAUGGCUUUGGUACCUUCUUCUCAAGAAAAUAAUCGUGGGAUGAAUUCUACUUCAAUCUUUCAUUCUCAAGGUUCAUUCAAGAUUAGUCCAAAUUCAACUUGUGGAAGAAAAACAUCAAUCUUUCCUUCUCAAGUUCCAUUCAUGACCAAUUCAGCAUUAGCAUCCCAAAGUUAUGAGUUGUAUCAAACAAGUAUGGCACCAACUUUUAAUUCUCAAGAUUUGUUUAAGAUUAGUUCAAUAUCAUCUUUUCAAGGUGAUCAUGAUGCAUAUCAGAUGAUUACAAGACCAACUUUCAGUUCUCAAAACUCAUUCAAGUUUGGUUCAACAUCAACUUCUCAAAGCCAUGAUGGUUCAUCAAACCAGAACAGCACCAACCUUUUCUUCUCAAGGUUCAUUCAAGCUUAG